AUGGGAACUCCUGGAUCGGGACGGAAGAGAACUCCAGUGAAAGACAGGUUUUCUGCAGAAGAUGAAGCUCUGAGUAACAUUGCCAGAGAGGCAGAAGCCAGGCUUGCAGCCAAACGGGCAGCCCGAGCAGAAGCAAGAGAUAUACGUAUGAGAGAGCUGGAGCGACAGCAAAAAGAGUUGUCUCACUAUUCAUACGAUAGAAAAUGGGCCCAUAUCCAGAAAUGGAUGGAAGAUUCAGAGAGGGCCAGGUAUUCUCACCGGUCCAGUCGACAUUCAUAUUUGAGUUCUUUGGAUGUCAGUGAGUCUCACAGGAGUAGAGCAAGUACCUCCAGAAGGAGAGAUCUUGUGUGUGACAGUGCUAAGGACAGAUCUGCAAGAUACUCCAUCCCUAGUCAUGCUUACAGUGAAUCUCAUAGUUCAAAGAAGAAAACUUCUUACUCCCGUAAAGAUUUAUUGAGUGGAAUUUACUAUGAUCAAAGAAAUUACAGCAGCCUUAGAUAUAGUAAACCGGUUCCUUCCUACCACACUCGGUCAUCUUCUCUAUGCAGUGAUCCAGUGGCAACAACUAGGAGUUACAGGGUGUUUCCUUCUGUAAACACUGGUUUGAUAAGAAGUAUCAGUUUGGCAUCUUUGUGUGGUGAUGGAUUACGUAGCUCAUACAGUUCUCACACUCCAUCUGAAUACAGUUACUCUUCAAGAGCCAGUUCAGUUCGAAGUAGCCCAGUGCCCUCUGAUUUUUCUGAUCAAAGUGAAACCGCUGCUGACUAUUUUAGUCGUUCCAACCGCAGGGGAAGCAUUGUUUCCGAUGCAGAGGAUGUCCAAGGUUUGAAUAGUCUGGAAGAAAAGAGUGAAAAGUCACAUUCAGAAAUAUUUUCAAGGCCAUCAUCUCGCAAUUCAGUAAGUGCAACUCCUCUGAGCGGCAGCUCAUCUAGGAGAGGAAGUGGAGACACGAGCAGUUUGGUGGAUCCUGAUGCCUCCCUCAGUGAAUUACGGGAUAUCUAUGAUCUUAAGGACCAGAUACACGAUGUAGAAGGGAGAUACAUGCAGGGACUUAAAGAACUAAAGGAUUCACUGUCUGAAGUGGAAGAGAAGUACAAGAAAGCUAUGGUUUCCAAUGCUCAACUAGACAAUGAGAAAAACAACUUGGUUUACCAAGUGGAUACUCUAAAGGAUGUCAUUGAGGAGAAAGAAGAACAGAUAGCAGAGUUCUAUAGGGAGAAUGAAGAGAAGUCAAAGGAAUUGGAAAGACAGAAACACACAUGCAGUGUUCUACAGCAUAAGCUGGAUGAACUUAAAGAGGGCCUUCGACAGAGAGAUGAAUUGAUAGAGGAGAAUCAACGCAUGCAGCAGAAUAUAGACUCCAUAACCAAAGAGGUGUUUGAUCUCCAGGAGACAAUUAAUUGGAAAGAUAAAAAAAUAGGG